UGUGUAAGGGCGGAAGUUGUUCGUAAUGGCGACUGAAGUAAAAGCAGCUGGUAUGGAUAAAGAGAAGGCAGAGGUGGGUGCUGUUCAGAACAGGCGAGGGGUGCGGGUUUCCCCUGAGGAAGAGUCUGCUCCAGCCAGUGCUGAGGAUUUGGCUGCCCAAAAGAGAGAAGCAAGAUUAAGAAAAUUUCGAGAGUUGCACUUGAAAACGAAUGAGGCUCGAAAGCUAAAUCAUCAAGAAGUGGUAGAAGAAGACAAACGACAGAAGUUGCCUAGUAACUGGGAGGCACGGAAAGCCCGGUUAGAAUGGGAGCUCAAAAACGAAGAGAAGAAAAGGGAAUGUGCAGCUAAUGGUGUUGACUUUGAGCGGGCAAAGCUUUUGGAAAUAAGUGCAGAAGAUGCUGAAAGGUGGGAGAGGAAAAAGAAAAGAAAAAAUCCUGACUUGGGAUUUUCAGACUAUGCAGCAGCACAGCUACGCCAAUAUCAGAGGCUGACAAAGCAAAUUAAACCAGACAUGGAAGAAUACGAGAUGGAAAAAGAGAAACAAGGUGAACUGUUCUACCCCACAUCGGACAGCUUGUACCAUGGGACUCAUGUACCCUCCCAAUCUGGGAUCGACAGAAUGGUCACAGAUCUUGAAAAACAGAUUGAAAAACGUGAAAAAUACAGCCGCAGGCGCGCCUACAACGAUGAUGCUGAUAUUGACUACAUUAAUGAGAGGAAUGCGAAAUUCAACAAGAAGGCGGAGAGAUUUUAUGGCAAAUAUACUGCUGAGAUCAAACAGAACUUGGAAAGAGGAACUGCUGUCUGAACUUCUGCUUCUCUUGUUUUUAAUCUUGUAAAAUAUCUGCUUUAAAUCCAGUUCAUAGCGAUGCAUUGUGUGUACUGCAUUUGUCCUGACAGGCAUUUUUCAGUUUAGAAAAAAUCCUUUUAACAAUCCUGGAAAAAAGUGUUUUCUGUAAGUUAUCCUCUCCGAAGUAAUGUUGAUCUGUAAAUGAAAUCUCAAAAUUCUGUUGCUAAAAUGGUCUUUCUUUAUACAUAUAUGUGCUAUAAAAAUAAAUGCAUUCUGACAACCA